AUGUCUCUAAUAGGAAUCGGCUCCUCAUCCGAAAAAGAUGGUGUUACGUACUACCAGAUUGAAAUCACCUUGCCCUUAAGAGCGCUCACUGUUUCGAGAAGAUACUCCGAGUUUGUUACUUUGGUGGACCAGUUGUGUGAGGAGUUGGGAAUCUCUAGUCGUGACUUCCUCUACCAGCUCCCGCCAAAAGGGUCUUUCUUCAGCAGCAAAGCCAGGCUAGUUAGUGAGAGGAAGUAUGGACUCUCUGAGUUUUUGAACGCUGUUGUCCGAGACAGAGACUUGCAGAACCGGAAGCCGGUUCAUGAUUUUCUUCAAUUGCCAGCCAAUUUCAAGUUCACUCCUGCAAUGUUCGAGGACGGCAAUGGCAGCAACGACAAUAAGUUUUUGAUCGACGAGGAGCCUCAAGAUAUCGAUUCCAUGCAAUGGCUCACGUACCUAAGACAGGUAAGAGCUGCGCUUGCGGACAUUCCUCAGGGAGACGACAUCGAGUCAAGGAAAAAAGCCAGAGAACAAGUUAAUAAAUACAUUCAGCCCAAUGUUCAAAAAUUGGCAAGUGCUCUUUCUCAUCUUAAUCAGAAUGGAGAAAUUGAUUCAUCUGAGUUCAGUCAACGCACCUCUUCGCUCAGAGAGAUUCUGAAUGAGACUGAGAGAUUGGUUUUCAAAAGAGAGUCCAAAUCCAAAAAGGAAACUUCACCUCAUUACAACUUCACCAAGCGUCUGGGCAAAAAAGACGACGCUAAGGAAACCGAUGAGACUUUAGGAGUGAGCAACAAAGAGCUUCUUCAGCAGCAGCAACAGAUUCACAAAGACCAAGACCAGGAGGUUGAGGAGCUCCGCAAGAUAAUUGCCAAGCAGAGAGAAAUUGGCGAGACUAUUGGCAAAGAAGUCGAGGAGCAUAAUGAAAUGCUUGACCGCUUCACUGACGAAGUGGACGCCUCUUCUGAAAAGAUGAAAGAUGCUCGUGCAAGGGCUAAACGAAUUACGUGA